CACAUUUCUGGGAAGGCCGGGGAAUCCCUAUGCUGCGCACAAAGCCCUGUAUGUGUAUGGGGAGUACAAGGCAAAGAGUCGCUCAUACAGAAACCCGAAGCCGCAGCCAGAGAGGGUCAGUAGGUACCAACUGCACGGAGUGUCAUCAUGCAUCACAUCUGGACGCUAUGUUUUCUUUUUGCUGUGGAUUUUGCCUCCAUGCUCAUCCUGAGAUUAUUUCUUACAUAUCUUCUUCCCAUUUAUGCCCCCAUAAUUCUGGCAUGGCUGGCAGGUUUGGUACGAUUUGUGAUUCUUAGUCUGGGUAUUUGCACAGUUAGAAGUAGAUCCAAACUCCCUCCAUGGCUGCAGGGAGACCACCUGGCCCUGAUUGGCACUGUCCUUAGCUUUCUUGUCCCCUUCUGUGCUGCUGUGAUUGCCCUUGUGUCACUGAGAAGUAGUACAGAACUCCUAUACAGCUGGAGUCGCUGGGACGUCUUCCUCUUGUGUUACCUUCUCACUGUAACUUCAGGCAUCUUGUGGCACCAGCUGUUUCCCCACAGCACAAAGGAGAAGAUAGCUGUUACCUCUUCAGCCUCUUUGAGACGGUUAAUUACCCUUCUGCAACCUUAUGUACACAGAUUUCUGCUAGUGGCCGUGUUCCUGGUACUGUCAUCUUGGAGUGAGAUGGCUCUUCCUUCUUACACUGGGCGUAUGACAGACUGGAUAGCCAACAAGGAGGACCCCUCAGCCUUUACUUCAGCUAUCAUAGCAAUGAGUCUGAUCACAGCAGCAAGUGCGGUUACUGAGUUUGUGUGUGACUGUAUCUACAAUGUCACAAUGAGUAUGAUCCACACACAUACGCAGGGACAAGUCCUCCGUUCCGUCCUGAAGCAGGAAAUGGCAUUCUUUGACUCGGAAUCCACAGGUGAUAUAACAUCUCGUGUUACUACGGAUACCAUAACAAUGAGCGAGUCUCUAUCCCACGAACUGAGCCUGUUGAUGUGGUACUUGAUGAGAGUGGUUUUCCUCAGCAGUUACAUGAUCAUGUUGUCCCCAAAGCUGACUUUCUUCACAAUAUUAUGUCUGUGUGUCAUUACAAUUGUUCCUAAACUAACAGGAACAUUUUCUGAGGGUAUGGCUGUGCGGGUCCAGGAAUCUCUCUCUAAAGCAAACCAAGUAGCCCUGGAAACAUUCUCGAAUAUGAAGACUGUAAGAAGCUUUGCAAAUGAAGAGGGUGAAUGCCAGCGUUAUGAGCAGAGGUUGCAUGACACAUAUCAGCUCAAUAAGGUUGAAGCUGUGGCUUAUGGGUGCUCUAUGGUGGCAACUAGCUUUUCUGGCCUGGUGCUGAAGGUUGCAAUUCUGUACUUUGGUGGACGUUUGGUAACUAAUGGUGAGGUCAGUGGAGGGGAACUGGUGUCCUUUGUCUUAUAUGAGCUGCAGUUCUCAUCAGCUGUGGAGGUUCUGCUCAGGAUGUACCCAGAGGUCAGGAAAGCAGUGGGAUCCUCAGAGAAAGUAUUUGAAUAUAUGGACCGAAAACCUCAGUCACCUUCACCAGGCAGUUUCUCUCCUCAGGAUCUUAAAGGAAUAAUCCAAUUUCAGAAUGUCACUUUCUCAUACCCUACUCGGCCUGAUUCACUGGCUUUACAGGUAUCUCUCAUAUAUUAGUCGUAUUCUUGUGCAACUCUUUAUGAUCUCUCUUUGUUACACACAACCAAAGGCCUGUGCCAUUUUUUGUCACAAGAUGGCCAGAAGCCAUUUCCUCUGCUCACUGAAUCAGUAUCCAUUGGUUUCCCACGGUGUAUAAGGCAUUAUUUACACUCAUUUACAAACACAGCAUACUGUGCAAUGUGCAUUUUUUGGAUACAUCAUACUGCUACUUCAAAAACAUGUACUUUAUGUGUGGGACAAGCUGUAAAAAAGUAUGCAGACCCGAGACACCCAAAUUUAUUUGGAAAGUACAUGUUCUUCCAAAUCCAAGAUAGCUGAAAACUUCUUUCUACUCCAAACUAUCAAAUUGCAAGGGUUUAUUAAAGUUAGCAGUUAUGGUGAAAUUUCUAAAAAUGACCCCAGAACUUCCAUUUUACAGGAUUUUGUCUUUCACAAAGCCUUAUAUACUAAGAACAUUCUAAAAACGAUUGGCAGGGGUCUGCUGGACAGUUUUAUGCCCAAUAUGGAUAGAUUUACCAAAUCAUGUGGCAUGUACGGCCCCACUGGCAAUUCAGCUUUUGCAAGCAAACAAAUAUAUAUUUUUGGAAAGCUGUGCUAGACAAAAUGUAAUGAACAAA